ACAAGAAGCCCUACUGCACUUGUUGAUGGACGAUCAACACUGGGUCCAAGAAUUGCAAGAAAAAGGAGGUAUGAGACCAUUGAAGCUGCUGCCAGAAUUCAUGGAAGCACAAAUGAACAUUCUUCAGCCACUUUAGAGGGAUUGUUCUACACUUUGCAGAAAAGAUGCAAAUUGGAUACUCUCACAAAUUAUGUGACAGGGAACAAGCAGUUGACUAAUAGAGUAGUUUCUAAAGAGUAUAAGAAAAAAGUUUUAAAAUUUGAAAAGUCAGAUGACAACAUUGUACGAAGUAUUGCAACAUAUUAUGCAAGUGGUGUAAUGGGCAAAAGAAAGUACAAAAGUGUUAGACUGGUGCUUUCGAUGAAAUCAAAUGAAAGUAAACCAGGGAAAAGAACAAGCAUUUCAAUUUGUAAAGGCUGUAAGGUACCAAAGCUUUUCACUUAUAGUAACCUUGUGGAAAAGUUAAAAAAGAUUGAUAUUGGAACUGUUCAUGAAAUUAACCCAGACUAUCUAGAGGGCUUAAAAACUGAAAACUCAGUGAAUGGUGUAUAUAGAGACUUAAGACAAUACCUUCCAAUGCUUGCCAAAUUUUAUCUCUCUAAGAAUAUAAAAGAAAGCUUGAAAGGCUUUACAGAAUCAACAGGCACUUUUCAAAUUGCUCUUGGUGGUGACGGAUGCCCAUUUGGCAAGAAUGAGAGCAUAUGUUCUUUUUUGGUCAGUUUCCUCAAUUUUGGAAGAAGGGUGGCAUCAAGUUAUAACUUUCUAAUUUUUAGUGCCAACUGUGAUGAAAGCUCUCCUGUUACAAAGAAAUAUGUGAGGUCAUUAUGG